GCGGAAUUGACCGCAACCUCGACACACCCACUCCGCCGAGCCCCACUCCCAAUUCGUCACCUUGUGCACCCACCAACCUUUCCGCAAUCGCCGUCGAUGCCAUCGACUUUACCACCCCUCACUCCUCCCCUUCCUACUCCUCUUCCUCCUUCACCGCCACAACGACGGCCGCUUCGGCGUCUGUCGCCCAAGACUUCACCACAGCCGCACAUGACACAACAAAAGGCACAACCCCUGCAACCUCCAUAAUCAGACGUGAGGGCCAGGACUACAUCUGCCCUCACUGCGAUCGCACCUUCACCUCUCGCAUCGGCCUGGUCGGUCACUUGCGAAUCCAUCGCACAGAGACUGGUGAACCAGUGCCUGGAGCACCAACCUACACCCACCGCACUCGCCUCCACUGCCCACACUGCCCUCGCACUUUCAGGCAUCGCAUGGGCCUAUCCGGCCACAUGCGCAUCCACGACGACCUGCGGUAG